AUGGAGCGCUGGAAUGGACAUGUAGCCCUUAUCACGGGUGCUUCGGUCGGCAUAGGAGCUGCUAUCGCCAGAAAACUUAUCCAAUAUGGCAUGAAAGUUAUUGGCUGUGCGCGAAACGUACAGAAAGUUCAGGACCUAGCCGAUGAGUUAAAGACAGAGAAGGGUUCUCUAACGGCCAUUAAAUGUGAUGUCUCCAAGGAGGAUGAGAUGCUGGCCAUGUUCGCGAAGGUCAAGGCUGACUUUGGAGGCGUGGACAUUUGUGUCUGCAAUGCCGGCCUGUCCCACGACGCCCCCAUUCUGACCGGCGAUACACAACAAUGGAGGGAGAUGUUGGACGUGAAUGUACUUGGCCUGGCAAUAUGCUCCAGAGAGGCUGUCAAACAGAUGAGAGAGAAAGGAGUGGAUGAUGGUCACCUCGUUCUUCUCAAUAGUAUGUCUGGUCAUCGAAUUAUCCACAGUAGUCCUGAACAUUUCUACACUGCUACCAAGUUCAUGGUUACGGCAUUGACGGAAUGUCUGAGACAGGAACUCAAUGACCUCAAAUCACACAUCAGGGUCACGAGUAUCAGUCCCGGUGUAGUCCGAACGGAGAUCGUAGCUAGGAUGUUCAAGGACAAGAGCAAGGAGGAAGAGAUAUAUACUGCAUUUAAGACGAUGGAACCUGAUGAUGUGGUAGACGCCAUUGUUUAUGCUGUAAACAGUCCAGGACACGUUCAGGUGCAUGAUAUAUUCCGGCCAACGGAGCAGCGAUUGUAA